GAAUAGUUUGCCUGAAGUGCAAAUUUUGUAAACAAUAGUUUUCCACACCAAUUUGUAUUGUUCUCUCUCAUCAAUUGCGUCUUGCCUUGACGAGUAUUGAAGGUGUUCUUCUGUUGACUGUAGACUCAGGCGAGAGUAGUGAUCCUUGUAGAUGUGCUUCUAUUGCGCACAUGGCUGAGGGUUUAGUUCUGUUAGGUGAGCCUGGCACGCGAUGACAUGUUCUCCACGAUACAGAGUCGCCACGACGCCCACCCUACGCAGACUCCACUUGUAGCUCAUUUAAUAGCGAUACAGCGGGACAAUUCGACGAAAUGUUGAAAAUCUGGAGCAUGAAGCAGCAGCAGCAGCAGGAGCAGAAAGAAGCUGCCGCGAACGGCGACGGCGUGGUGAAGAAGAAAGUGACUGCCGCGCAGAUUCGGGUUCAGAAGGAUUUAACUGAGCUAUCGCUCCCCUCGACGAUCAAGACACAGUUUCCGAACCCGGACGACCUGCUGAAUUUCCUGGUCUCGAUCGAGCCCGACGAGGGAAUGUACCAGGGCGGCCGGUUCAAUUUCACGUUCAAGAUUAAUAACAAUUUCCCGCACGAGCCGCCAAAGGUGAAGUGUACUCAGAAGAUUUAUCAUCCGAAUAUUGAUUUGGAGGGGAAUGUGUGCCUUAAUAUCCUGCGUGAGGAUUGGAAGCCUGUUUUGAACCUUAACGCCGUCCUCGUUGGAUUACAGUAUCUCUUCCUCGAACCCAACGCCUCAGAUCCCUUAAACAAAGACGCGGCCUUGGACCUCCAGCGCAACCGCGACGGAUUCAAGCGUAACGUGCGCUCUUCAAUGGCAGGCGGCGCCGUCGCAGGCGAACGCUUCGACAACGUCUUGAGAUGAUCUCUUUCCCCCUCUCUCUCUCUCUUUCCCUCUCUGCAGCAACACCACCGCUAGAAGCAAAGCGUAGCGCGUGGUGUCGUAUGCUUUCUACCUUAUAUAUCUACUCAAACGGAGUUCGUUCGCAUCUGGAUACAGGAUAUUUAAUUUGUUUUCGAGUCAAUGCAGUUUCUAGUCUGUUUUAGAAGUGGUCUUGUACGAGCGUGGGAUCUUCUAUUGUUGUCGUCGUGUCGUCGUGUCUUUUUGAUAUUGCUGUAAUUGAGU